UGGCGGCUAUGGAAAAUGCAAGUUCAUCGUCGAACAAGUUAAAUCUAUUUAGUAACUCGUGCUUGGACAUAUUGCAAAGAGAUAGCCAAUCAAGGAUUACAACGGGUCACAAAGGUCUGGAUAGACACUUGGGCGGUGGAAUUGCCUUGCGACAAAUAACCGAAUUGGUUGGAAAUUCGGGCACCGGCAAAACAAAAAUGUGCCUGCAGCUAUGCUUGAAUGUGCAAAUACCUAAAUCUGCUGGCGGCUUGGAGGGUGCAGCACUUUUCAUCGAUACCCGACGGGAUUUCCAUCCAGACAGAUUGCAAGAACUGGCGGAAGACCUGGAGAGGCAAUAUAAGCACAAAGCACCUGAUUUUCAGGCGUCCAAAAUGCUGCAAAACAUUCACUACGUGAGCUGCCCGGAUGCAGUCCAGUUGAUGGCCACCGUCCUGAGCUCUCACCGGCACCUGAUUGCCCAUCCAAAUAUAAAAGUGAUUGUGAUCGAUUCGCUAGCGUUUUCCCUGCGCAUGCUGGAGGAUGGCGCCCAGCGCUUCGAGCUGCUCCUGGAGCUGCUGCAAAGCAUGAGGCGACUGCAGCGCGAACACCCAGUGGCUUGGGUCGUCACCAAUGUGCUGACGCAUCGGUGUAUCGGCCGGCAAUUCCAUGUCGUGCCCGCCCUGGGGGAUCUGUAUUCGCACUUGAUCAACGAGCGCAUCUGGUUUUCACGCAGCGGCCAGUGCUCACUGGGAAAGUUGUGGAAAACAAGCAGAUUAGUCAAGGAUUAAGGCCAGGCUGGUAGAUUGUACUUUUACUUUUAGUUGGAUAAUGAUAAUGAAUAAUAGAUUGGCGGCAAAUGUUGUUCACGGCUUAA